UGUACAAUGAAUUCUUGUAAUAAUUUGCUUAGAAAAAUCAUUUCUAAAAUCAUUUUACGUACAUUUUUUUAUAGAUGAGUACUCUAAGAUAAAUUCAUGUGAUUUCUAUGAUUGGGAAAAACUUAUUUAUAACUAGAAAGCUAUAAAUGCAAGGACAUUUGCUUGAGAUUAUAGUUGACUUCAAUAGUUACUUAAAUUUAUAGUGUUUAUAAAUAUUUUAUUAAAACUAUGGUGGAAAACGGUGCAUCAAGUGGGGGAAGCGAUAGCCCUAAUGCAACUUGUGUUCGUUCUGGAUUGUUGGAAACUUUAGUGCGUGGUGUUUGGUAUAAAGUGCAUUGCUCCUUGGAGGAUGACUACUUUAGUGUUUGCCUGGAUGAUGGAUAUGAUGCAACAACAACACUUAACGGAUCCAUAAAUAAUAACAAUGUAGAGACUCCAAAUAGUGAUUUUACAGAAGUGCCAGAAGCAAUUGCUAAUCAAAAACGAUUAGUGCAAGUAGUGAAGUCUGAUAAUAAUGGCUUGGGUAUUUCUAUUAAGGGAGGAAUAGAAAAUAAUAUGCCGAUAUUGAUAUCCAAAAUAUUUAAAGGAAUGGCAGCAGACCUUACAGAACAGCUGUAUGUUGGUGAUGCAAUAUUGUCUGUCAAUGGAGAAGAUCUAAAAGAUGCAACACAUGAAGAAGCUGUAAAAGCUCUAAAACGGGCUGGCAAGAUGGUGCAGUUAGAAGUGAAAUAUUUGCGAGAAGUGACACCAUAUUUUAGAAAGGCAUCAAUCAUCAGUGAAGUUGGUUGGGAAUUGCAACGAGGCUACAUGGCGGAUGCGCCACCCUCGCCGCCAUCUCCUCGCCGUCGUCGGGCAGAUACACGAUAUGUACCUUUACUGAUGGCAUGUGUUGCAAAAAACUUACGACAUCAUGAUCCCGAGGAUCGCACUAUCGAAGUGUACUCACCUGACGGAGUGCACGCGUUGGCCCUUAGAGCAGGCACGGCGGCCACGGCGGCGGGCUGGCACCGUGCCUUGCACACGGCGGCUCGUCGAGCCGCGCGCGCUGCUCUUGCCCGCGCUCGACCCCGCCUGCGUUCCUUGCUGGGAGAUGUUCGCUAUGCCGGAUGGCUCGCACGCAGGCCCCCACAAGACCACAUAAGUGCGUCUGGUGGUUCAGAUAGCUCCGAUGAGGCGGAUGGAUGGCAACCAACCUUCGUUGCUAUUACGGAUCGUGAACUAAGGUUGUACGAGGCGGCGCCGUGGUCGGCGGAGGCGUGGUGCGCGCCCACGGAGAGCUUCAGCCUGGCGGCCACGCGCCUUGCGUGGUGGAGGCGAGGCGCGUCCGGAACAGGUAACGGCGGUUGCGGCGCGGCGUCGCUGGGCGUCCGCGCGGGCACCGCGGCCGGGCUGUGCGUCCGUGCGCUGCGGGCCGACACGCCGCACGACCUGGCGGCCGUCGCGGGCGCGCUUGUCGAUGGCGCGCACCACGCCGUACGCGAACAACCCGAGUACACCUUUCGGUGCCGUUUCCGCGGGGUGUGCGCGCGGCUGUCUCUCGGCGCGGGCGGCGUUUGCGUUUGGGAGGCGGCCGGGUCGCUGGGCCGCGGGGGCGCGCGCGCGCUCUACCGCCGCCCGCUGCACGCGCUACGGGCCUCCGCCGACGACGACCGCGCCGCGCUGUGGCUGCAUUUCGCAGACGACGAUACUCUCGAGUUGGAUAUGGAAGGGAGCCCGAAGCCAGCGGUGUUCAUACUGCACAAUCUGCUAUCGGCACGAGUGCACGCGUUGCCCGGCGAGGCGGCCACGCAUCCGCUAUAACCCGCGACUGCGUCUACUACUACCCCUACUGAUUGGGAUGAUGACGGGGUGAAGUAAGCAAAAUUCUAUUCAGUUCGUCAGUUAGACACUUAUUUUUUCUUUUGUCAAUGAAACAAAAAAUUACAUAGAUAAAUCUAGAUAAUCAAAAAAUUAUGGACAUAAUAUACUUUUCCUUUCCAAUUGUCAAUCAACCGAAAAUUACAAAGACGAAACGCGUCGCAAUUUUGUGUCGAGCGGGCGCUCCUGACGUCGCUUCGAAGCGAAAGUUGUACCUAGGCGUGACAUCAUGCGACAUUUUAAAUCUAUGUAUCUCUCUGUAAGGUUUUAAUUAUGUAAAAAAAGAAAAAAUACGUGUCUUAUACUUUUUGAUAAACUACCUGAUUGACGAAGAAAAAGCUUUGUCAUCAUCCCUGUUGCGCCGGCGAUGGCGAAGCGACACUGCUCAGCGACCCCCCCCCCCUCCCCAAAUGGU